AUGCGCAUCUUUAUCCCAGCCGGCCUGGAUGUAAACUACCAGAAUGAUCGAACUGGUGGAUAUGUUGCGAUGACUGCGUCCAGCGGAAGUCUUGAAUUCACACGAUUCCUACUCGAGCAUGGCGCGGACCUGAACAUAAACCUGCUAGCUGAUUUUUAUCCAGCGCUCUGUGUUGCCGUGGGCAAUGACAACAUCGAAAUGGCUGAGUUGUUGAUCCAAUACGGGGCACGGGUGAAUGGGCUAGGUGCGUUGGGGGCAGCGGCGAAACGGAAGCGGUAUGCAAUGAUGGAAUUUCAGUUCAGACAUGGCGCGGAUGUAAAUGAUGAUGCGAAGGAGUGUGAUGAUGUUGUUAUAGGUUGGCUACCGGGGACGACGGCGUUGCAUGAGGCUGCUGCAGUGGGAGAUGUUGAUGUCCUGGAGUAUCUAAUCCAGCGGGGAGCCGAUCUGGGUUUGAAGGAUUAUUAUGAGCGGACGCCUGCUAUGGUGGCCCGCGAGGAGGGUCAUCAGGAGGCAGCAAACUUCUUGAACAACAUGCCGUAG